AUGAAAUGUUCCAGGUCAAGAAACCGUGUUUGAUACUCCUAAAAAAAGAAUAAGAAGAAGCUGGAAUUAUGAAAAAUUGCUUCGGACUUGUGAGGAGUCACACGCACACGACCUUCCUCUCCAAACUUUGUCUUUGUCUUCUCUCACAAAACACCCAGUAGUACAUAUUUAUUUAUUUUAUCCUAAACUUUUUCAUUAAAUCGUGCCAUUAAUGCAAUCAGAAUUACAGCACUUGUCUCUUGUUGCGGUGAAAAUACAAAUGCAAUUACUGUUCUGAGAACCUUCAAUUCAACGCACAUAAUCACAACCAGCUUCUUCUCUCCAUCUUAAUAUCUAUCUCUUUCUGUCAUUGUUUUUGUUUUGUUUUGUUUCAGCGCCUGCCUGCCGUCCUCCUCUACAUGGAGACGCCACUUCCUUUCUGUUUGGUUGCAGAAAAGCAAAAUUGGGGAUAAAGGGGAAGGUUUAAUUGCUCCCUAGAGGCAAAUUUAGGUUUUGUUGGUGGUGGUUAUGUUGUCAGCUAUAAACUACCCUUGAGCUGAAAUCCGGGUAGAAUGGCACGGGGGAGGAUCCGGGCAAGGCUCCGAAGGAGCCAUCUUUACACAUUUGGUGGUUGCCUGAGGCCAACUACCACUGAGGAGGUGCCUCAUCCACUUCAAGGUCCCGGUUACUCACGAACAGUAUACUGCAACCAGCCUCAACUCCUUGAAAAGAAUUCUCUAUUUUACUGCAAGAAUGAUGUAUCAACCACCAAAUAUAAUGUCAUCACGUUUUUCCCUAAGGCAUUGUUUGAACAAUUUCGAAGGGUUGCUAAUAUAUACUUCCUUUUGGCUGCUUGCCUUUCGGCGUCUCCAAUUUCACCUUUCAGCCCUCUUAGCAUGAUUGCUCCUUUGGCGUUUGUUGUGGGGCUUAGUAUGGCAAAGGAGGCAUUGGAGGAUUCGCGCAGGUUCCUUCAGGAUGUCAAAGUUAACCACCGGAAAGCUAGUCUCCAUAAAGGCAAUGGUGAUUUUGGUCUCAGGUCGUGGCAGAAGAUUAUGGUUGGGGAUGUGGUAAAAGUAGAAAAGGACCAAUUUUUUCCAGCUGACUUGCUUCUCUUGGCGUCGAGUUAUGAAGAUGGGAUAUGCUAUGUGGAGACAAUGAAUUUAGAUGGGGAGACCAACUUGAAGGUGAAGAGAUCUUUGGAGGCUACCUUGUCUCUGGAUAAUGAUGGGGCUUUUAAGGAUUUCUCUGGAACAAUACGUUGUGAAGAUCCCAAUCCCGAUCUUUACACUUUUGUUGGGAACUUUGAGUAUGAACAUCAGGUUUAUCCUCUUGAUCCUGGUCAAAUUCUUCUCCGAGAUUCAAAGCUUAGGAACACUGAUCAUGUCUAUGGAGUGGUCAUUUUCACUGGACAUGACAGCAAAGUCAUGCAGAAUUCUACCAAAUCCCCUUCAAAAAGAAGCACAAUAGAAAAAAAGAUGGAUUAUAUCAUAUACACUCUUUUCACUGUCCUUAUAUUGAUAUCUUUUAUUAGUUCGAUAGGAUUUGUUUUCAAGACCAAAUACCAAACCCCAAAGUGGUGGUAUUUACGACCUGGCAAUAUUGAAUACCAGUUUGACCCUGGAAAACUUGGAUUGGCUGGGAUGAGCCAUCUGAUUACUGCACUCAUUCUAUAUGGAUAUUUGAUACCCAUCUCGCUUUAUGUUUCAAUUGAGUUUGUGAAGGUAUUACAGGCAACCUUCAUUAACCAAGACAUUCAAAUGUAUGAUGAUGAAUCUGGUACUCCAGCUGAAGCACGGACUUCAAAUUUGAAUGAAGAGUUGGGUCAGGUAGACACUAUCCUAUCUGAUAAAACUGGCACUUUAACCUGCAACCAGAUGGACUUUUUGAAGUGCUCCAUUGCUGGUACUGCGUAUGGUGUUCGUUCCAGUGAAGUUGAACUUGCUGCAGCAAAGCAGAUGGCUUCUGAUCUUGAGGAGCAGGAAUUGAAUCUCUCUAAUUUCCCCAUGCGUAAAGAGAGUAACGUGCCAUGGGAAAAUAUCACAGAAGAUGAAGAAACUGAAUUGGGGACUGCUGUUACUUCCAAGGAUGAUGGAGCUCGAAGGCCUGCCAUAAAGGGAUUUGGGUUUGAAGAUGAUCGCCUUAUGAAUGGUAAUUGGUUGAAAGAACCCAAUGCCGAUGUCCUUUUGCUGUUUUUCCGGAUAUUAGCAGUUUGCCAUACAGCCAUUCCUGAACUGAACGAGGAGACUGAGAGUUGUACAUAUGAAGCCGAAUCACCUGAUGAAGGAGCUUUUCUAGUAGCAGCCAGAGAAUUUGGUUUUGAAUUUUAUAGGAGAACUCAAUCAAGUGUUGCCAUUCGUGAAAGAUUUUCUGCUUCAGGUCAAGUGGUUCAAAGAGAAUAUAAAAUUUUGAAUCUGCUGGACUUUACUAGCAAAAGAAAGCGCAUGUCAGUCAUUGUGCGUGAUGAAGAGGGAAGCAUCAUUCUUUUCUGCAAAGGAGCUGACAGUAUCAUAUUUGAUCGACUGUCUAAGAAUGGAAAAAUGUAUUUGGAGGCUACUACUAGACAUUUGAAUGAAUAUGGAGAAGCUGGUUUGAGAACGCUAGCUCUGGCUUACAGAAAGCUUGAUGACCAAGAGUACUCUGAUUGGAAUAAUGAGUUUCAGAAGGCCAAGACAGCUGUUGGGUCUGAGAGAGACACAAUGCUUGAGCAGGUUUCAGAUGUUAUGGAAAGAGAGUUGAUUCUUGUUGGGGCUACUGCAGUGGAAGAUAAACUACAGAAAGGGGUGCCUCAAUGCAUUGAUAAACUUGCUCAAGCUGGUCUAAAGAUCUGGGUAUUGACUGGGGAUAAGAUGGAAACUGCAAUCAACAUUGGAUUCGCUUGUAGUUUACUUAGACAGGGCAUGAAGCAAAUCUGUAUCACAAUGAAUUCAGAUUCUGUAACUAAUGAUGGGAAAGAGGUUAUCAAAGGCAACAUCUUGAAUCAAAUCACCAAUGCCUCACAAAUGAUAAAGCUGGAAAAGGAUCCACAUGCUGCGUUUGCAUUAAUUAUUGACGGAAAAACUCUAACAUAUGCUUUAGAAGAUGAUGUCAAGCACCAAUUUUUGGGAUUGGCUGUUGGUUGCGCAUCUGUCAUUUGCUGUCGUGUGUCUCCAAAGCAAAAAGCAUUGGUAACAAGGUUAGUGAAAGAAGGAACUGGGAAGACCACUUUAGCCAUAGGUGAUGGUGCAAAUGAUGUUGGAAUGAUUCAAGAAGCUGACAUUGGUGUUGGAAUCAGUGGGGUUGAAGGUAUGCAGGCAGUAAUGGCUAGUGACUUUGCUAUUGCCCAGUUCCGGUUUUUGGAGCGGCUUCUGGUAGUCCAUGGACACUGGUGCUACAAGAGAAUUGCACAAAUGAUAUGUUAUUUCUUCUACAAAAAUAUAGCAUUUGGCCUCACCAUAUUCUAUUUUGAGGCCUUUGCGGGCUUCUCUGGACAAUCUGUUUAUGAUGACUGGUACAUGAUAUUGUUUAAUGUUGUUCUUACAUCAUUGCCUGUCAUUUCUCUUGGAGUUUUUGAGCAAGAUGUUCCAUCAGAAGUUUGCUUACAGUUUCCUGCACUGUAUCAGCAAGGACCCAAGAAUUUGUUCUUUGACUGGUAUAGAAUCUUGGGAUGGAUGGGAAAUGGUCUUUAUUCCUCCCUCAUCAUCUUCUUCCUUGUAAUAAUCAUUUUCUAUGACCAAGCUUUUCGUGCAAAUGGCCAGACCACAGACAUGGCUGCUGUUGGGACCACGAUGUUCACUUGCAUCAUCUGGGCUGUCAAUUGCCAGAUUGCUCUGACAAUGAGCCAUUUCACAUGGAUUCAACACCUCUUUGUGUGGGGCAGCAUAACCACUUGGUACGUUUUUCUCUUGUUAUAUGGAAUGCUUCCACCACAAUAUUCCAAGUCUGCCUACCAACUAUUGGUUGAGGUUCUUGCUCCUGCUCCUAUUUAUUGGGCAGCAACCCUAUUAGUAACAAUCGCAUGCGUUCUUCCUUAUCUUGCCCACAUAUCCUUCCAAAGAUGUUUUAAUCCCAUGGAUCAUCACAUUAUCCAAGAAAUCAAGUACUACAAGAAAGACAUUGAAGAUCAACACAUGUGGACCAGGGAGCGGUCUAAAGCACGGCACGAAACGAAGAUUGGAUUCACGGCAAGAGUGGAAGCAAAGAUUAGGCAGUUUAAAGGCAAGCUGCAGAAGAAGCAGCAGUCUUCACUGGGGGCUUUCUCCCCAUCAUGACCAUUACAAAAUAAUUUAUUAGUUUUCAGUCCUUUUAGGGUUUGCAUUUUUUUAUUUAUUUUUUGGGGCUCUAGCCUCAUUUAAAUUCUUUUCAUGCUUAUGUUGCUUGCGUAUGGGGGUGAAUGAAAGUCCCAUUUAGUUAAGAGAAAAAGCAUGGGAGCCGUUGUAGUAUGUAACAUAUUUAAGUAGAAGAGCUCACCAAACUAGUAAAUUCUGAAUGAUCAAAGUGUAAUUCUCACUUAGCAGAUGGUUAAAUUCAAGUGAUGGUGAAGAAAUGAAAGCAGCCAAGUAGUGUUAAAAAAAUAA